UAGAGAUAGAGAGAGAGAGAGAGAGAGAGAGAGAGAGAGAGGUGUUAAGAUGAGAGACAACGAGGCUGCAAACAACGGGAAAGAAAUAAGAUAAUGCGGAGUUUGGAAUGGACAUGGCGCUUCACCGAUUUGAAGCGCCACUGUUUCUAUCAGAAGCCUCCAGGCCCUCCGCUCCUCCUCAUCUCCACCUCUUUCUGCAACAAAAUUUCACUCCAAUCUCUCAACAACUCGUUGUCACCACCGGUUUACAAUUGCAGUAGCUACACGGAAUCCGGGAUUGGACUCAGGCCUCCCUCUGCUCUGCCUGAUGUUGGAAAGUUCGAUGAGGAUGAUAUGGGGGCGGACGGAAGUAAAGAAGAAGAAGAAGAAGAUGAUGAAAAACAGCAGCUCAGAAGCGUGGCAACCGCUUCAGCAAUUCCCGUCGCAGAAGAAUCUAAUUCGGCCACAAUAAUAUCCUCUUGCUUGGUUGGUCUUCUCACCGGCGUUGCCGUUGUGCUCUUCAACAACGCGGUGCACGAGAUACGUGACUUUUCCUGGGAUGGCAUUCCGUAUCGGGGUGCCUCGUGGUUGAGAGAAGAGCCCACUCAAGUGAUAUGGAAGCAAGUAAUUUUGGUCCCUGCUUGUGGGGGCCUCAUUGUGAGCUUGUUGAACCUGCUUCGAGCUGAUCCUUCUCUGCAAUCAGACCAACAAGACUCUUCUCCUCCCCCUUCUUCCGCACCAACCAUUUCGCUUUCGCUGCCUAAUAAUGUUAAGGCUGCAUUGAGACCAUUUUUAAAGGCAGUCGCUGCUUGUGUCACCCUCGGCACGGGGAAUUCCUUAGGGCCUGAAGGUCCUAGUGUUGAUAUAGGCACUUCCAUUGCCAAAGGUGUUGGCACUUUGUUCGACAGAAGUCCGAAUAGAAAGCUCUCCCUUGUGGCUGCGGGAUCAGCUGCUGGAAUCGCUUCCGGGUUCAAUGCCGCUGUAGCUGGUUGUUUUUUCGCUGUGGAGUCGGUGUUGUGGCCAUCACCAGCAGAGUCGUCCGUAUCGCUUACAAAUACCACUUCCAUGGUUAUACUUAGUGCAGUAAUAGCUGCUGUAGUUUCGGAAGUUGGUCUUGGUUCUGAACCAGCAUUUAAGGUUCCAGAAUAUGACUUCCGCUCACCUAGUGAGCUCCCACUCUACUUAUUGCUGGGUAUGCUAUGCGGCUUCGUUUCAUUGAUCUUAUCUAGGUGCACGUCAUACAUGUUGGUAAUUGUUGAGAAUCUUCACAGUUCCAUUGGCAUACCAAGGGCUUUGUUCCCUGUAAUGGGAGGCCUAACUGUUGGGUUGAUAGCCUUGGCAUAUCCUGAAAUCCUUUACUGGGGCUUUGAGAAUGUUGACAUUUUGUUAGAAUCUCGACCAUUUGUUAAAGGUUUAUCGGCUGAUCUAUUGCUUCAGCUGGUAGCAGUCAAAAUAGUAGCAACCUCUUUGUGCCGGGCCUCUGGAUUAGUGGGAGGCUACUAUGCCCCAUCCCUCUUUAUUGGUGCUGCAACAGGAAUGGCAUAUGGGAAAUUCAUUAGUCUUGCAGUUGCUCAAUCCAAUUCUCUGAUUCAUCUCUCGAUAUUGGAAGUGGCAUCACCCCAAGCAUAUGGCCUGGUUGGAAUGGCUGCUACUCUUGCAGGGGUGUGUCAGGUUCCUCUCACUGCAGUUUUAUUGCUUUUCGAAUUGACACAGGACUAUCGGAUAGUUCUACCGCUACUUGGAGCAGUAGGACUAUCCUCAUGGAUUACUUCUGGAAAGACAAGGAGAAUUGAUGUCAAGGAGAUUAAAAAAAUCAAGCAAAAUAGUUCUACUACAACCCCACAACCUGAAAUGUCUUACUCUUCUACAAUUGGCGCGUCUUCUUCUGCACUCACUAAAAAGGCAUCUUAUAUGAGUAACCUUUGUGAAGUUGAAAGUUCACUAUGUAUAAAUGAUUCUGAUAACGAAGCCGAAGGGUUAGAAAAGAGAAUAUCUGUUUCUGAAGCCAUGAGAACAAGAUAUGUGACUGUCUUGAUGAGCAGUACACUUAAUGACACGGUGAGUCUCAUGCUUUCAGAGAAGCAGUCCUGUGCAAUGAUUGUUAAUGAUCAUAACAUCUUGAUUGGUUUACUGACACUUGGAGGCAUUGAAGAGUUCAGCAAAAUUGUGAAAGCAAGAAGCGAAAGAACCAAGGAGCUUUUGGUAUCUGAAAUGUGUAAUUUGGAUGGGGAAAUAUGUCAAGUACCAUGGACUGCUACACCUGGGAUGGAUCUUCUCUCUGUUCAAAUUAUCAUGAAUAAGCAUGGUGUGAGUCAAGUUCCAGUUAUAGAGGAUGUUGAAGAUCACCGAGGGCACUUAGUUGGCCUGCUAGAUGCAGAAUGUAUCAAUCUAACUUGCAGAGCUCUUGCAACUAGAGAAUCCCUAAGCUAACAUUCCACUUGAGUCGCAUAAUACUUGGUUAGAUGAACCAGACUACCUGACGCUAGAGAUUGCUCAUCUUUCAGUUCUAGAGUGUCCUGUCCCAGGCUCUCAACCCAGCCCAGACAAGCGUGUCGCAGGCACACGCCUGGAUGGUGCCUUAGGGGACCUCAUUGGCUCACCCCCACAUGGUGAAAGGUGCUUGUGCAUUAUAUCGUGUAUCCAGAAUCAUUAAGAGUUCGACUCAGAUCAACUGUGCUAUAUUACAAAGAAAGGUGAAUACAGCUACAUAAUUCUUCUGUAGCUAACAACCGAAUGCAGCCCUUGGAGGUAAAAGAAAUGGUAAGAUGGACUCUCCCGGGGACAGGUAGCUUUGGUCCAUGAUCGGAAUAGAGCUCGUGUUCAUUAGAAAGGUUCUCUCUUUAAUUUAAAAUUACUAGGAUCUUCCUGUUGCCUUUGACCCACAUUUAUGCUCCAUCUUACAUCUAACUAGCUGUUAUUCAGAUCAUCUUGUUGAACUCUCACACUAGGUUCAUCAACCAAUCAAUAAAUAAGCGGAACUAGUGUGAUUUUCAUGAUCAAAA